AUGGGUUGCUCCACUGAAAAUCUCAACAUCAGUACAUCUUUUAAAGGUGAAACAGAUGGCAUUCUAGGCAUGGAUGCUUCACCGUUUUCUUUAGUAUCUCAAACGUAUAGUGCAUCUAAGGGAAGAUUCUCAUAUUGUUUAGUUAAAGACGGAUUAACCCCACCAGUCCUGUCAAGUUAUUUAAGAUUCGGAGAUGAUAUCGUUCUGGGACUACCACCUUGGAUCAAAGUUCAAACCUGUCCAUUGGUUCAACACAUAGCGUUCAGGUAUGCGUUGAAUUUAUUAGAUAUCAGUGUUGGGAAGAAUAAGAUUGGUGGGUUCGAAUUGAAUGAUAGUUUUCCUGUGAAUACGAAAAAUGGAUUUGGAGCAUGUGAGUUGGAUACUGGAGCUCAAAUCAGUUUCUUAGACACAAUAGUUUAUGGUAAAGUGAAAGGCGCCCUAAUGAAGGGAUUCCAGACUCUUAGACUAAAGAUUUUAGACGCAAAAAAGUAUUAUUUAGAUCUUUGUUAUGAGUUACCGGGUGAUUUCAAGAGUUUCCCGAGCAUUACUUAUCACUUUCAAGGUGGGGAUUUAAAAAUACCAUCAGACAACGCUUUCAUCAUCGAUUAUCCAAACAAGUUCUUCUGCCUGGCCAUAAAACCUAAAAUUGGGCAAAAUGUCCUUGGAGCAAAACAACAAAGGAACAUCAGAUUUGUGUUUGAUAUAAACAGAGAUGUCGUUUCAUUUUAUCCCGAGGAUUGUUCUAAAGAUUUGCAGAAGUAG